AUGGAGGACACUGGAGUUGUGGGAGAUGAUAGCACAUCCAAACUGCCGGAACCCAUCAGGCAUCACAUUGUUUCUUUCCUCCAACCCAAAGAAGCAGCAAGAACAAGUGUAUUAUCUAAGGCAUGGUCGAGCUCAUGGCGCACCCGCCCCAAUUUGCACUUCGAUUAUGACGAAGUCAGUCCUAUGUUGCGUCAUGCUAAUACGCAAGAUCUCAAGAAACGACGUACUGAUUUCAUUAAUUGCAUCAACACCGCCUUGCAGAGGUACCAUGAGAAUGAGUAUGGCAUUGAUUCUUUGAAGCUAGAGAUUAAUGCUUUCAAGUUUCCCUCUCUUGCCCCUGAUCACGUCAAUGCAUGGCUCCAAAUUGCUGCAGAAACUGGUGUCAAAAGUCUCAACAUUUGUAUAAACGAUUAUUAUUAUUGUUACCCUAUUUUGCCUAAGGCAAUUUUUGAAGCGGCAUCACUCGUGGAAUUAUGUCUUAGUGGCCAAUCCGAGUUAGAGCCCGAAGUAAUUAAGAUGAUAAGGUGUCAUAGCCUCCGAAAAUUGUGUCUUGUAGAUGUUAGGUUAGAUGAAAUGAUGCUUGAAAAAAUAAUGUCAAGCUGCCCGUUGAUCGAAGUCUUAGAAAUUUCACUUUGUGCAGGCCUUGCGAAUGUUAAGUUGAGCAAGCUUCAAGAACUUAAAGAAUGUCGUAUUGUCUUGAGGAAUAUUGGUUGUGUUGAAAUUGAAGCACCUGGUCUUAAAGACUUUUAUUGUUGGAAUAGUAUUGUAAGAAGCUAUUUACGGCCAUUGCCUCCUAUUCGUAUGUAUACAUGUAAUAAUCUGAAGAGGUUGUCCUUGAAUGAUAUUGGCAUUAAGGAUGAGUUUUUCUUAGGCAUUGCGGGAAAUUUCCCACACCUUGAAGAGUUGGCGAUCCAGGACUGCUACCAUUUGCAAACCAUCAAGAUUUCAAGCCACUCGAUUAAAAUCAUAAAUUUAGGAUUCGCAGUGGACAGGGGAUUCAAAGAGGCCUGCAUUGAUGUACCAAGCAUCGUUCGAUUCGAGUAUAAAGGAAACUUCAUUCCCUUGUUUUGUUUUACAGCUCCCUCUGGUCCUUGGGUUUCUGACAUUGAAUUAUCGUGGCAUGAUAGGAACAUUUUGGAGACUUCCUUUUUCUCCAAGUUGAAGGAGUUGUUGAAAGAGCUCAAUCGAUCUGAAAUUUCACUCAAACUCAUCUUUCCCCCAAGUUUUGAGGGCUUCAUUGAGGCUGAGACGAGGAACAGUGCCAUACAUCCCCUGCCUCAAGUUCAAGAAUUGUCUGUCAGCUUCAACGCGACAGAUUCUCUAAAUGUUGCACAUUCGAUACUGGAUGGUAUCUUUUGGACUUGUCGUCCUAAAACCAUGGUUCAAUAUUGCUACCAUGAUUUGCACUUCAAUGUAAAUUGCACUAACCGGGCGAAGGUACUCUUUCAGAUGCUAAUGUUCAGAAAAAAUCAGAAGCAUAGCAGUUGGCAGAAGCCAAAGUUUUGGCAGAAGGAUCUUAAGGAUGUAAAGCUUGAGAUGUUUCAAAAGGGCAAAAGAGUUCAGCAGCCUCAACUUUCAGACUGGGAAACUUUCCUGAAGGUAAUAGAAACUGAAAAACGCAGUUAUUAUCUUGUCUUUGAAUUGGAAUGGCAACCAUUUGGCAUGAAUAGGAAGCGCAAAAGAACUCGAUCAUUGGAACUUGGCAAUAACAAAAUAGUGUAA